GCGUCCCGCGAGAUCUUGUUUCAGAGAGGGCUCGGCCGGAAGUGGGUAUUUUGGAGUUUGGUGUUCGUGUCCGCCCGUCAGACAGUGAGAAGAAACAGCGGACGGUGACCGGGUCGGAGAAGUCGACUCUCCUUCCCCGGCAACAUGAGCUUCCUCUUCAGUAGUCGAUCUUCAAAAACCUUCAAGCCAAAGAAGAAUAUCCCGGAGGGAUCCCACCAGUACGAGCUGCUGAAGCAUGCGGAAGCCACGCUCGGAAGUGGCAACCUCAGGCAGGCAGUUAUGCUGCCAGAGGGAGAGGAUCUAAACGAGUGGAUUGCUGUGAACACUGUGGACUUCUUCAAUCAGAUCAACAUGUUGUAUGGGACCAUUACAGAAUUCUGCACAGAAAGCAGCUGUCCAGUAAUGUCUGCUGGGCCACGGUAUGAGUACCACUGGGCAGAUGGCACCAACAUAAAGAAGCCCAUCAAAUGUUCGGCUCCAAAGUAUAUUGAUUACUUGAUGACGUGGGUCCAGGACCAGCUUGACGAUGAGACCCUCUUCCCGUCAAAGAUUGGUGUCCCUUUCCCCAAGAACUUUAUGUCCGUGGCCAAGACCAUCCUGAAGCGCCUGUUCCGAGUCUACGCGCACAUCUACCACCAGCACUUUGACUCCGUGAUGCAGCUGCAGGAAGAAGCUCAUCUCAACACAUCAUUCAAGCAUUUCAUUUUCUUUGUACAGGAAUUUAAUCUGAUAGACCGCAGAGAACUGGCUCCCCUGCAGGAGCUCAUUGAAAAGCUGGGAUCCAAAGACAGAUAGAUCUUCUGGUCUGUGAAGCCCCUUUGUCCGGUCAGAACAUGGUCUCGCCUCGCGCAUGUUACCUGCUGUGCGCUCCGUCGUGUGACUGCCGAUGACCAGAGAGAAGAUUCAGAUACCACUGAAGGGGUCUUGCCUUUUUACGUAGACUAAGUGACAGAUUGCCUUGCAUUAUUUUUGUAUGAACUCUUUUAUAGGAAUGCUUUAAAGGAACACUCCACUAAACCUGCUUUUACAUGUGACUUAAACAUCUGCUGUAUUUUGACUUCAUUUUUGGUGCUCCUCAGGCAGUAAUGGGGUUGGACCUUUUAUAUACCACUUACUUUAGCUUUUUCCACUGCCAAUGAAGUCUACAUUCCUCACACAUACAUCUCUUGUUUAGAUUGAACAGAGUAAAUGAUAUGUCAGAAUUAAUCUGUGAUCUCCCAAAUUUCUGAGAUCUGUAACAAAGGAAAAUGCAUAUCUGGGGGAGCCGAGUUGUUUUUAAUGUUGAUGUGCUUGCUCUUCUUAACAGCCAAGAUAUGUGAUCAAUUGGAUAUCAGGAGGGGAGGAUUUAACUCUUGAAUGAAUAUAUAUUCCCUAAUAAUGCUUGACCACUUUUUUAUGAUCUUGGUUUAUCCGUUAAUGUCCAAAGUACAUUUUAUAAUAUGAUCUUUAUAAUAAAUUCUGGCUUCUUGCCUAUUCUAGUUA